AGAUUUAUCAUAUGCAAAACAAGACAGCUGUUUACUUUGUCUUGAGUAGUUCCCCGCUAUUUGAAGUGUACCCGUAUUUAGUGCUACUUUCGUUAUAGCGGCUGAUGAUUUAUGUAUUUUUGUGAAUGAAAAUGUCGUCAUCUCGCAAAUCUUCCGUUGGAGGGGGUAAAAAGAAAAGUAGUAAUAAAAUAGAACUAACAGAUGAACAAAAGAAGGACAUCGAGGAUGCAUUUUAUAUAUUUGAUGAGGGCAGAACUGGCUUCAUUGAAGCAAGAAAUCUGAAGGUAGCAUUAAGAGCUUUAGGAUUUGAACCAAGGAAAGAUGAAAUUAAAAAAAUGAUUUCAGAAGUUGACAAGGAAAACACAGGCAAAAUAGCAUUUUCAGAUUUUUUGAAGAUCAUGACUGAUAAAAUCAGUGACAAAGAUACAAAUAAAGAGAUUAUGAAAGCAUUUCAGCUUUUUGAUGAUGAUAAUACCGGUAAAAUAUCUUUUGCUAAUUUGAAACGUGUUGCAUUGGAAUUGGGAGAAAGUCUCACAGAUGAAGAAUUACAGGAAAUGAUUGAUGAAGCUGACAGAGAUGGUGAUGGUGAAGUUAAUCAAGAAGAAUUUCUUCGAAUAAUGAAGAAAACUUGUCUGUACUGAUAUCCGAGCUGCACUACAUACAGUUAUUAAUGGUUUUACGAUAUUUGUUCAUGUCAACAUCUGCUGUAAUUUUUGUACACUUCAUACAUGUUAUUCUUAUAUCAUUGUACUAUAUAUGUAGUCCCUUUUCUGCAUAUCAGUAUAUUAUGAGGUUGUUUGUAUUUUUAUUCCAAGUUUACUUUGUACAAAUUUACUUUUUUUAUUGAAAAUAAAUUUUCUCUUGCAUGUUAUCUUGUUUACAAUACGUGUAAAGUUUGAAAAUUCGAACCAAAUAACAAGUAAUUUUCAAAUUGAAUUUAAUUGACAGUACUGCACACAUUGUAUUAAUCUUUCUUAAAAAAUGAUGUAAACAACAAUCAGUCAUUAAAUCUCUCUUUAAAUACAUAUUUUUUUUUUAUGUAAGGGAGAGCUUUGAUACCCUUGCCAUUUAUUACAGCUUCAUCAUCAUAGAAACAAUGAUUUAUUUUAUAUAGAUAGUCUGAAGAAUGUGAAUAACUACUGUACUGAUAUUUAUAAAUAAUAAGGAAUCUGCAGAAUGGAAGCAAUUGUUCUAAUGGACAGUACUUUGUUUGUAAUUUUAUUUUCAUUUAGAAAACUAUGGUUACAUACAUCUAUCACAGUUUGAAAAUUAUUUUAAAGGUGCUGCAGAGUUGACAAUAAAUUCUGGUGUUUUUUUCCCCCUUUCUUAAAUGAAAGGGAAAAAAUGUCAGGAUGAUUUUAAAUUAAAUUUUUUAUAUAGAAGAAGUGAGUCUCAUGUUUCAGAUAAACUAGUUAUAAAAAUGUUAAAUAAAUUAAAAUGUUAAGUUUCAAUAAAAGUUCCAAAAAUAAUGAGUUUGAAAAUCUGUGUAGAGGUAAUACAGUCAUGUUUAAAAUUUUUAAAGUAUAAUAUUAUGUCUUAAGUAUUUUGGUUCAAUCUUUUUAGACAUGUUGUUAUUGCAACAAAAGUAGCAGAGAGCAUUAAAAUAGAUUUAGGAAUAGAAAUCAUCUUUAAUUAUUCAAAUACUAAGUAAAAUAUUAUUAAGAUUUUACAGUAAAGUAUUUAUACCUCAAAUGAUUUCUUCUACUUGAACAACUCUAGUAUUUGUUUUCUGAUUAGGUAAAAAAUGUUAGGGAAAAUUACUGCCAGAGGCAGGCUAUUUUUAAAGUAUAUUUCAAUACCUGGCUGACUUGUGUGCAUCAAUCAUGUAGUGCAGUGUAAAGAUAACAUGCGACUGUUUGCUGCAAUAUUAAAAAAGUUUUGAAUAGCAGUGGAAGGUAAUUCUAUAUGAUAAAGUGAUAUUUUUUAGGGUUAUUUAUAAUGCAAAUAUUUAUAGAUAAUUUUCGUAAUAACUAGUUUGCUAAUAUUGUACCUUCAAUUAGCCUUUAAUUUGCUGUAAUUAAGUUUUAUUUGCUUUUAACAUUCUGUAAUUAAAUACUGCCUUUAUGUAAUGAUUGCUUCUAAAUAUCAUCUUUUUACAUUGAUAUUAUGUUUGAGAUUGAGUGGGAUAUUUCUUUAGGAGCUUCCAAUGGGAUAAUUGAAUAAAUGCAUUUCCAGAAGUAAAGUUUUAGACUACUUUUGCAAUAUUAUUAAGAGUUCCAUAGAUAAAAGUGUAUAUAUUAUUAUCAUAGUGUGAAUUUGAAUAUAUAUUAUUGUCAUUAUAAUAAUUUAAAAUUCUUGUUUAAAACAUUCUUAGAAAGGCUAAUAAAAUGCUCUUUUUUUUAAAGAGCAGAAUUAAUAUUACUUUAAAGAGUUAUGAAAGCAGUAAUCUGCCUCUGCCAAUAAUCUUCCUAACAUCUUUUGCUUUAUCAGGAAAUGAAUAGUGGAAAAUGUAUAAAAGGAAUAAGGAUGCAUACAAAUUCUUUUUUUCCUUUUAAAUCUAUUGUCCUAGAAUUGACACUUGUAUCUGCUAAAAAUGAUUUGGAUAGAAACCAUUGUGUAAUUUGCGCAAAUUUAUUAACUUGUAAAAUUACGCAAAAUAAAUCUUUAAACAUUAAAA